AACACAAUGUCCGGGGUCCCUCAACGUUUUUGGGGCCAACCGAUCCGGUACCUGCGCUGGGCAGCGCACGAGAAGCCCGCGAUAUUCUGGAGCUGCGUGAUAGGUGGCCUGGGACCCGCGACGUUUGUCUUUAUUCCGCCGAUGAGAAGAUACUUUGGGGACCAGGAUCCGCCGAGGAUUCCUCUGACCUAUCCG